ACGGCUUACUCACUGAUUGCUUUCUCGUCUUGCUGCUUAUAUAAAUUCGUACUUGAUCUCGACAAGCAGGUCAUCAACAGCCAUGCCAGAACCGAACUCAAACGCCAGCGACAACAAGCCGUUGCCGCCAGGCAUGGUCCUCGGGCCCGACGGCAAGCCAUGCAAGAUCUGUACUGCAUUCCGCUACUGGAAGCCGUCCAACGACAAACCAAAGCGAGUGCAGGACGGAAAACAGCCAGCUCCCGGCAUCGCCGCGACCAUGGCGGCGAUGGCGGCGGGCACCAGCGCCGCCCCCCAGCCCGACCCAGACACCCGCCCGGACAACUGCCCGCCGGACGUGGAACAACUGGGGCGCGCGACCUGGACGUUCCUCCACACCACCGCGGCGUACUAUCCCGAGAAGCCUACGCCCAACCAGCGCGCAAACAUGCUCACGCUGCUCCGCUCGCUGCCCGUGCUGUACCCGUGCUCGCACUGCGCGUCGCAUCUGGACACGAACCUGAAGGAGAACCCGCCAGACGUCAGUGGGAGGGUCGCGUUGAGCAGGUGGCUUUGCGAGAGGCACAACGACGUGAAUGUGAGGCUGGGGAAGGUGAAGUUCAAUUGCUCGAUAGAGAAGACGGACGAGCGGUGGAAGGAUGGGCCCAGCGAUGGUAGUUGUGAUUGACGGGCCCAUAAAAGGUGAGUAGAGUAUACUUUGCCUGUCGCUGAGCCCUGAUCAUGGCGCCCCCAGUAAUACCAGCUGUAGCGCUGGUAUUCGUUCUUGCAUAAUCUACGGAUAAACUGAAUUGCAUGCAUCGCUUGCCACCCCCCUCAUAGACGCAUCCUUUUUUUUCUUUUUUCCCCUGUUUUUGGUGAAGCAUAUUGUUGGUCGCAAUACUGGGCCUGGCAGUCGACAAGGUUGCCUCCCAGUUACCUGCUGGCGGUUCGAGGGUUGAAACCUCCUAGAUCGUGUAUGUACCGUUGCCGUUGUUCACCUAUGAGGAAACGCAGUUACGC